AAAAAAAAAUGCCAGGGCUGACCAUCGGCGACACUCUCCCUGACCUUGAGGUCGACACCACUCACGGCAAGAUCAAACUCCACGACUACGUUGCCGACAGCUUCACCAUCAUCUUUUCUCAUCCAGGAGACUUUACGCCCGUGUGCACUACCGAGCUUGGUAUGAUGGCCGCCUAUGCGGACAAGUUUGCGGAGAGAGGAGUGAAGCUGUUAGGGCUGUCGUGUGAUGACGUGGAGUCCCACAACACGUGGAUCCAGGACAUCGAGGCCUACAACAAAGGCGCCAAGGUCACCUAUCCCAUCGCGGCGGACCCAAACCGCCACAUCAUCGAGCAGCUCAACAUGGUCGACCCCGACGAGAAGGAUUCCUCCGGCGGCCACGUCCCGUCUCGCGCCCUCCACAUCGUGGGCCCCGACAAGAAGAUAAAGCUGAGCUUUUUGUACCCGGCGAGCACGGGGCGUAACAUGGAUGAAGUGGUCAGGGUGCUAGACUCCCUACAGAGGGCGUGCAAGCACAAGAUAGCUACCCCGGCCAACUGGAAGCCCGGGGACAAAGUGGUAAUUUCGCCAAGUGUGUCGAGUGACGAGGCCAAGAGCAUGUUCCCACAGGGCUACGAGUCUGCGGACCUGCCGUCUAAGAAGGACUACCUGCGCUUCACCAAUGUUGACUAAGAGAUUAAGAUCAUGAUAUGAUCUCACUCGUGAUGCCUAAAUAUAUCGACUAGAACCAGUAACUUAUAUGUGUGUAGUUGUGUAAUUAGAAUAUAAUAAUGGAUGUGUGCGACUUUUGUAUCAGUUAAGACUUUUGUAGGUUUACAGUGAUGAAAAUGGGUUUAGGUUUCUCUUAUUGCGUUCGAACCCCAAAAAAUGCUUCUAAAGUUUUAAAAUUAUAUUCUGG